CUGAUUCAUCGCCAUCCGAAGAAAAAGUAAAGUUUCUUUGUAACCGUUAUCAAAUUAAAUCUGAUGCAACAUCUACACCGUCACAAUUAACGCGGACUGAAAAAAUUUGUAAUUUUUUUAUUGGGCAAUUAUUUGCCACGGUGCAUUCGUACAUUCGCAACACAAAAAAGUAAAAAAUCGAUCUACGAGUAGGAUGGGAGCGUCUGCGCUGUAGUUGCCGGCCGGCUCUUUGAUUUAUCGAUCAAAUUUUAACCUAAGUUCGUGCACGGACUGGAAAACAGAGUGAUGUGCCGCGUAUUUUAUUGUGGUGCAUCUACAUUCUACGGACUACUUGUAAAAUUAAUGCAAGGGUUGUACUGUAUAUGUAUCUGCGUUCUGUACGUACACUCAGUUCGCCAAACGUUGCCCCAUCAGGAUUCUCAUGUCACAGAUGUUGUACUUACUGCACAGCUAUGCUGCAGCUGAUAAAUAUCGUAAUACGAACACUUUAGUUGCGCAAUCUUCCGGUUUCUUCCCAUACCCAGUAUAUUCAGGGUCGUUCAGUGGUGAUGCCGCGCGCAGUGCGCCUUUCAACAGUCCGCUGUUUAUCAAUGAGCAGCUUAUCCCACAAUAUUACAGGAAGGCUCGUGCAGUGGACUGCAGAGACUACGCGGCGCAAGUCGCCUACGUACUCCCCAAGGAUCCAGUUUUACAAUCCACACAGAAGCAUGCACUGGUUGUGUACUACAUGCAUGUGCGCUGCAAUGUGCACAGUCUUAAAGCACCUUUAUGAAAGUUAGUGCUCUAAGUUACGAUGGAUCUGCGUAAUCAAAAUUGUAGAUUCCUACUUGCAACCUCUGCUUCAAUGUAUCUGAUCCGUUAAUUAUAUAGUGGUAUUAAUUUAAUUAAGUAUCGUGCUAACUGCUAAUGCGUUGAACCGUUAACGGCAUGGUAUUGUGAAUUUUUGUUAUAUAUAUAAUACUUUAUCUUUUCGACUGUAGCACUUCUAGUGCAUACGUACAGCUAAUCGAUCAUCUUCCGUUAUAUCUAUAUGUAAUUAAUACGGGAUUUUUGUAAAGGUCAGGGCUGUGGACCAGUUUCCGGUUAGAUAAUAAAUAAUACGGCUGCGUAUCAUGCCAGCAUUAUUGUUGAUUAACGACAAUAUCAAGUCGUGCAAAUGACCCUAUAAUAUGCCGUGCGGGAUGACAUUUGCUAGCCAGCUCAAAACUGUGAGAUCAUUUCCCUAUUAGGCAUAUUAUUAAUCUCUUGUCAGAUCUACGCAUUCAUGGAUCUCAGCUCAUGCAAUAUAUCUGUUAAUCGCGCACGCAAACGGACUAACAGAUUCUGCGACUUCAACACCGAAGUGGCCAUAUUGCGGAAUGGGCAUGUGGUUUUUACCAAAAACGGGAUCGUUGAGUCAUAUAAUUUCAUGUGCUCGCUCAUGUGAUGAUCCGAACACGAAUCGCAUUUGCAAAGCAUCCCGUUGACUACAUUGGUGCAUAUCCAUAUAAUAUUGUAACACGAUGCUCCUCGAUGUUCCCUUCGAUAACAUCGACACUGCAGUGGAUGAGGAUGUGGAACGCACCAGCUCCGAUGAUGCACUGUGCCCGAUUGAUGUAAUAAAAAACAUCAUCGGCGUGCUGAAAACCAACGGUACACUGCCGACACUUACCAACAUCUAUCAUGCCUUAUUGGCAUCCCAUCAAUCGGCGGAGACGGUGUUUUUCAAAUCGGUACGCGCCAGCCUCUACGCAGCCGUACGUGAUGGUUAUCUCGUACAGCAAAUCAUCGAAGCCGUCAAUAGUGAUGAUGCCGCUAAUCAGCGCGAAACACACUUGGCAUUUAGUAGUCCAUCCUCAUUAUGCCGAUCGACUCCCAGUCCCGGUAAUAAUACUGCGGUUGAACAGCUGGAUGAUUUAAUCGCGCGUCUGACACCUAAGACUCCUCCGCAAACGGAGACGUUUUAUUCUACUACUUCCGGUGGUGUGUUAGCCUGUCAGGGCGCUGCGGAUUACACGGGUGCACCUGUUCCCGAAAUGGCGCUGCAAUAUGGCGGUGAUGUUGUCAGUGGUGCUGAAUCCUUCUUUGCAGUGUCGUCAACCGCAACUUGUGAAUUUAAUUAUGAUACUUAUUUGGCUCCUGGUGAUCAUGAAGUGGAUAUAAGCUCACAGUAUAACCCCUUCGCAUUUAACGAUAAUAUUGUCAUGGAUGCCCUAAACACGUUGGAUCAUGAUAUAUCCCAACACUCAUCAGUGGUCAAGCAGGAAAAGGAAAAUAUUGACUAUUUUGGACUGCUUAAUCAGUACAAUAUGCUUCGUGACGAUGCUGUGGAAAAUACUGGCAUCAAAACCGAACCGAAGUCUUCGCCAGUCUCUUAUAAUCCUGCUACUCAGUUUAAUUACGAUCAGCAUUUCCCUGCGCCUGAUAACAACCACUUCGAUCAGAAUAUUUAUUCGUCGAACGUUAAAUUAGGAGACCUUUUAGACUUCACAGCAUCCAGAACGGGAUUUAGCAAUACACAGAAUACGUUUUGUAAUUUCACUACUAAUCAGUUACAGACUAAUUGUUUGUCGCCUCAAAACAACCAAAGCGUGAGUAAUGUAAACGGGUUUAUUAACGGCAACAUUGUUUCACCGAUGCAUGUGCAAGAUGGUCAGCCGGCAAUUUUCCCAAGUACAGAAUACCACAACAACGGGACCCCUGGAUUGCAGUACUCUUCUGAUGUUCGCGAACAGCAGUAUUCUAGUAAUACAUCGUCUGAGAAAGCUGAUACUCCGCAUGCACGUAGCGAUAAAAGCGGCGGAAGCGAACAGUCGGGAGCAGACUCCAAUCAAUACCAGGAUCUCAGCGAAGCCUUGCUGGCCAAUUUGAUCUGCAAUUUUCCUCCUCAAAAGCGGUUGCUAUAUGAAGCCAUUUACGUUGUCUUGCGCGACGUGAAACAGCCACUGGGUGGACAUACAAUGGUCAGCUUUGUCCGUGUCAAAUGCAAAUUUCUGGAAACUACUACCGCCGGCUUACUCAAUUCCGUUGGGAGAGUUUUAGAGGAAUUUGUUACGACUGGAAUCGCUCGCACAACACCUGAAGGACUGUACACACUUGCUGUUCCCUGUGGUAAUGCCCCUGCGACCGCCUUUACCAAACCACAAAAAUAUACGGAAUUGCCGGUGGAGAAAGUGACAGUCAAAGCCAAACAUGUUCCUUCUCACAACUACACAAAUUUGGUGCCACAGUUUAAUGGCGGCCUACAAUCUCUACCAGCCAACGGAAGUGCCCAAAAUUAUGAGAGUUCUCCUGGUAACAACAGCGCUUUAUUCGCGGCAUCCGCAAUGCAGUCUAACGGUUAUAAGCGAACAGGGGAAGCAUCUAGUUGUGGGAUACGUCCGACGUUUGUGCCAACUGGGCCAACAUCAUCUGGCUCACCGUUGCAGAGAGUACCGGUACCCAUACAGAUGGGAAAUGUGAGCCGUAACCUGCCUGAAAACCCACUCGGAAGUGAUGGUCUAAAGAAUUACUUCAGUAUACCUGCUGUAAAUGAUGUAAUUCGAAAGAAUGCCGGCAAUGCAUAUUUUGCUAACACUGCUACAACAAACCAUUCGGGAAUACAGCAGCAUAUCGGCAAUGUUAGUGGUGCACCGGCCAACAAAUCCAAAAUCAGUCGCAGCUCGGAAAUGCUCAGAUUUCCGACACCGUUUUCAAAUAUUCUUGCUCAGAAACGUGCUGUUGCAAGAGCAAUGAUGACGUCGAUGUCUGCACGACCAAAAAAGCCUUUUCCCGUUAAUCACGAUAAUUACCCUCGAAACAACACCCGCAAUUAUCUAGCGCCACCCGCGUCAUUCAGUCGCAAAGCUCCUGUUCCGGAAACAUCCUUUAGUCCGUUUCUUGAUCUGUUUGCGCCUGGUUAUCAGAAUUUUUUUGAUCCGGCAGCUUCGCAGAAAUUAGCGACCGCAUUCCCGAAUCAAUACCAGUCUCACACACAACACGAAAAUGGACGCGCUGGUUGUCUGCCUUUGGCUACUGAUUUACGGAUAAACCUAGAGAAACAAGCUGCAACCCCUCUGGAAAUUGAUCACCAAUUCGACGGUGAGGAUCCAUCGCGUCUACUGAAGCAGCAAGCCAGUAUAAAAGAGACAGAUGCAGAAACUGACGAUUUAUCGGAUGAGAUGCCGUUUUAUAAAUCGUGUGGGCUGACUAUAAACGACCAUGUCGAUUCUGUAAGCCCCGCUCCUGCUUCGAAUUCGUCGGUCACAGAGAGCGAAAAAAGUGCGCCCGAGCUUCCCCCUGGUCACGGACAGUAUUCCAGUAUAAACUUGCCAAAACCAACCACUCCAUUAUACGCUCCACAACACGACGCAACAAAAAAGCGCAUUAUUUUGAAAGUGAAGAAAAUAAAGCCAAAUGCUGUUAGUUGUGAUUUUGGCAGUGCAUAAGUAGCAGUUAGACAGCAAUGGCAGAUUUAAUUACUUACUCACCGGUGUCGCAUCCACUGUAUAAAUAUACGAUACGCGUAUGUUCAGCGUCCUGGUGAUAAUGGCACAUGCGCUGGUCAAACUCAAAAUUAAUGUCAAAAACCACUGAACGGUUUUAAUUUUUUAUAUCUUGCUGUAUUUGGUUUGUUAAUGUAUAGCAUCAACUCUGUAUUUACCUAUUUUGCGUGGUUUAUACUGUAUACGAGUAGGCUUCAACGCUUGGUGUACUUCAGUACUAGGAGUGCCAUUGUUACUGGUAUUCUACAUAUCCCAUCGUUCGUUGCAAGACCUGUUGUCCUUUCAGAACUUCUUGUUGGCGAAGAAAACCAAA